CGCCACAAAACAUUUUAUUCGCUCAAAAAUCUCAGAAUUUCUUGCAAAUCUGUGCAAAAAUCCCCCAUUUGUGGCAUCUGUGGUAACCAGAGGAUGCACCUGUGAGUGUUUUAGAGUAAUAGGCAAGAGUAAACUUCCUGGGUGUGCCGUUAUCUCCAAGAAUCAGGAUUCCACCAUUCAAAUGGAAGGGUUCGUCCAGCACUAGAGUGCGAGACUGAAAGAAGUCUGUGCGGAUGUAGGUACAUCGAUGAGGCGUCUCUGGAAAUUACGAGCAUGGACCCCAAGAAUAAGGGACAACGGACGGAAUGUUUCCAUCCCCUCACAUCGCAAAGUGAUGUCUUUGAGAAUGUCACUCCGUUGAUUCAAUCUGCCCUGGAUGGGUACAAUGUGUGCAUUUUCACGUACAAACAGACGGGCUCUGGGAAGACCUUCACAAUGGAGGGUACUGAGGGUGAAUUGGGCGUUAUUCCGCGUACCAUUGACCUUCUUUUUGAUUCCGUGAAGAAUUACAAGAGAAUUACCCGGGAGUAUGAGAUCCGGGCAACCUUCCUGGAGAUCUACAAUGAGGUCCUCUAUGAUCUUCUCAAUCCGAAGGCGACUGACUUGGAAAUCCGCAUGAUCAGCGCAUCAAGCAAAACGGAUGUUUAUGUGAGCAACAUAACGGAGAAGAUUGUUGAGAAUGGGCAACAAUUGAGGGCAUUGAUGGAUGCUGCCAAGCACAAUCGAGCAACAGCCUGCACGGUUGGCAAUGAACGUUCAUCGCGCUCCCCACACGCAAUUACGCGCCUACAGCUGAUUGGAGUGCACGUGGGGAAGCAGGAAAAGUGUGUUGGAACCGUUAAUCUUGUGGACCUCGCAGGAUUAGAGUUCCCGAAGACCAGCACCCGAAUGGAGGAGACAAAGAAGAUCAACAGGAGCCUCAGUGAGCUCACAAAUGUCAUCAUGUGGCCACCAGCAGCGCCUAAAUUUUAUUUUUAA